AAUCUUUGGGGAGAAGCGCGAAACAGAAAAACCCUAAACCCUAGAGAGAACGAGACACGAGCUAAGUUCUUCGAAAAUGAUAAUCCCAGUUCGUUGCUUUACCUGUGGAAAGGUGAUUGGCAACAAAUGGGACACAUAUCUUGACCUUCUCCAGGCUGACUACUCCGAAGGAGAUGCCCUUGAUGCCCUCGGGUUAGUCCGCUACUGCUGCAGGCGGAUGCUUAUGACACAUGUUGAUCUCAUCGAGAAGCUUCUGAACUACAAUACUCUCGAGAAAUCUGACAACACUUGAAGGAUAUGCUAUAACCAACAAAACCGAAGACACUUUUGUCUGAAUCACAUUGUUAUCGGCGAUUGGUAAUGACUAGGUAUUGACAUAUACACACACACACACACGAAUUCUUUCAUCCAAAAAGCCGAUCUAUGUAUUGAUCUCUUCCCAUUUUGGUUCAUUUUGAUGAUCUGGGAGUGGUUGUGACUUGUGAGUUCUUAAUAGCUACAUUCUUGAAUCAGCUGAGUUCAA